GGUUCCAUGACCGUCGGGGCUGCAGCGCGGCACCGACAGGCUUCACGUCAGCUUUCGUAUUCGUGCCAAUGCAAUCGGACUAAUCGCACAGAUCCAGUUAUUUGAAAGGUUUGCGGUUGGCCGCCUCUUUCCAACACUGGUUCACCUCGCCUUGAAGAUGAAGUUAAAAACGAGCUGCCGUCAGGUGCAAGGCGCAUCCGAUGGAGCGCUGCUCUGUAGCUCGUUCAUCCGCCAACCCGAUGCAUCACUUCCUCAUGUUGCGGUCCCAGCAGACAGAUUCUGAUAUGGACUAUGAGAGGCCUAACGUUGAAACUAUCAAGUGCGUGGUGGUGGGAGACAAUGCAGUCGGGAAGACCCGCCUUAUCUGUGCCCGGGCCUGCAAUGCCACACUGACUCAGUACCAGUUACUCGCUACACAUGUGCCCACAGUCUGGGCAAUUGACCAGUACAGAGUAUGCCAAGAGGUAUUAGAGCGCUCCAGAGAUGUGGUGGAUGAAGUCAGCGUGUCCCUUCGUCUCUGGGAUACGUUUGGAGACCAUCAUAAGGACCGGCGUUUUGCAUACGGCAGGUCGGAUGUAGUGGUGCUGUGCUUUUCAAUCGCCAACCCCAACUCUCUGUACCAUGUGAAGACCAUGUGGUACCAUGAGAUCAAGCACUUCUGCCCCCGUGCUCCUGUCAUCCUGGUUGGCUGUCAGCUGGACCUGCGCUAUGCAGACCUGGAGGCAGUGAACAGGGCACGGAGGCCCUUGGCUAGACCCAUUAAAUCCAACGAGAUCCUUCCUCCAGAGAGAGGCCGGGAGGUGGCCAAGGAGUUGGGCGUGCCAUAUUAUGAAACCAGUGUCGUUGCUCAAUUUGGAGUCAAGGACGUCUUUGACAAUGCCAUCCGAGCUGCACUCAUCUCACGCCGACACUUGCAGUUUUGGAAAUCUCACCUCAGAAAUGUUCAGCGGCCUCUCCUUCAGGCGCCCUUCCUGCCACCGAAACCUCCCCCGCCUCUAAUCACUGUGCCUCCUCCCCCAACCACCACAGAAGAGCAUCCGGUCGGCCUUCUGGAGGACCCACACUGUGCGGACGUCAUCCUGGUCCUGCAGGAGCGGCAGAAAAUCUUUGCGCACAAGAUAUACUUGGCGACGUCCUCUUCCAAGUUCUACGAUCUCUUUAUAAUGGACGCACAUAAGGAGGCCGCCGAAAGGCCCGCUCGCGGCCCCCUCUCGGGCAGAGAGCUGCUGAUGCGUGCUGCGAGCUUUGAUGUUUGCGAACUGGGCGACGAUGGAGACAGGGCCAACCUGAGGGCCUGCACCAGUGACGGCACCUUGAAAGACUCUGAUGGGGCCCGACGAGGCCGGCUGCUGUCUUCGUGUAGCCGAGCCUUCGUCAGUAUCCAGGAGGAGUUGGUCGAUGACCCCGUCACAUACAGCCCCAGGCCCAUGACUGUCGUGCACAUGGACCGGUCCAUGCAGCUCGGGCCUUUCCGAGCUGUGCUCCGCUACCUGUACACGGGUCAGUUGGACGAGAACGAGAAAGAGCUAAUGCACAUUGCACACAUCGCUGAGCUGCUGGAGGUGUUUGACCUGAGGAUGAUGGUGGCAAACAUACUCAACAAUGAAGCCUUCAUGAACCAAGAGAUCACCAAAGCCUUCCAUGUGCGGCGCACAAACCGAGUCAAAGAGUGUUUGGCCAAAGGCACCUUUUCUGAUGUCGUAUUCAAGCUAGAUGAUGGGACCAUCAUGGCCCACAAGCCUUUGCUCAUCUCUAGUUGCGAUUGGAUGGCAGCGAUGUUUGGCGGGCCUUUUGUGGAGAGCUGCACCAAAGAGGUGCUGUUUCCAAACACAACUCGCAGCUGCAUGAGGGCUGUGCUAGAAUAUCUCUACACAGGGCGGUUUUGUUCUCGGGCCGACCUGGACGCAAUGGAGCUCAUCGUUCUUGCCAAUCGUCUUUGCCUCCCCCACUUAGUUGCACUUACAGAGCUCUACACAGUAACGGUAUUGACGGAGGCUGCGAUGACGGGGACUGACAUUGAUGGAGACGUGCUUGUGGACUUGGACAUGGCCCAGUUCCACGGCGCCCAGCAGCUCACCGGUUGGUGUCUUCACCACAUCUGCACCAACUAUAACAGCGUCUGCCGCAAGUUUCCCCGAGAGAUGAAGGCCAAGUCUACAGAAAACCAAGAAUACUUUGAGAAACAUCGCUGGCCACCUGUGUGGUUUCUGAAAGAGGACGACCACUACCAAAGGGCACGCAAAGAGCGCGACAAGGAGGACUACCUGUACCAGAGACGGCAAUGCAAACGCAAGUGGCUCUUCUGGAACGUUCCUUCCUCCCCUAACUCAAACUCUCCUUCUUCUGGCUCGUCUGCUGUCAUCUGACCGAGUGGUAAGGCCAGGUCUGCUCUGAAGUACAUCAGCGUGGAUGCGAGUUGGAAAAGAUACACUAGAAGAUAAGCACCACUGGCUAUGUACGGCCCAAUUAUUCAGGCUCAUAGUCUCUCCUCCUGUUUGCCACUGCAGUUAAAUUCCUCAAGGUCUUCAAGCUCAGCUCAAGCUGGCAAUUAAAAUACUGAGUUUUGUUCCUUAGAUUUUUAGCUCGGUGUACACGAGACUCAAACCUCAGUGAUGUGAACCUCACUGACAAAUGGCACAGUGUAAUUGCCGCAAAUAACAGUUCAUAUUGAUUGUCGUACGUUUUAAAAAUAGGACUCUGCUGGCACAGAACUUUCCACGUAUGAUUCUAAUGAUCAGAAUCACAAUCAUCUUUAUUGUAUGCGUACGCAUAAAAGGAAUUUUACUCUGUUUUUUCUUUUGCUCUCGACGUACAUAUACAUGUCAUCAAUUAUCCUGAACUGAUAACCAAGUGCUGCUUAUCAGCUGCAACAACCAGCAAUUAAACGCAGAACUUCUCAGUCUCAGAUAAGUAACACUUUGCCUUUAAGUGUUUGUACAAUCUACCAAACUAUGUGUACAGUAUGAUCUUUUCAACGGGAUGUAACGAUAGUAUCGCCUGCCAGGAUACAAUGAUUUAAGACAUUCACUCUAACCGUACAGAUUUUUAUCAAAAAAGCAUAAGGGAAAUUACUGGCACGUUUAAAUUCUGUUUAUUUGUGUACAGUCAGUUUAUUUGUAAUAGUUUGCACAGCUAAAAGUGAUGUGAGUCUGGACACGCUCAGAAUUAUCGUAUUGUGAUCUUGUGAUUUGUGGCCUCUUGUCAAAAAAGAGCUUUAGUUUACAUGAAUGCAUUAAGUGUCCUGAGACACAAGAGUUCGCAAAUCAAGGAGAAUAUCUGUAUCUUUCUUUAGAAUUCCAGACAAAACAAACCACAUCCUUAUUAUUACCUUCGCAUUGAAAAUGCGGAAGGUUAUGUUUUGAUCGCCGUGUAUUUAUUUAUUUAUUUGUAUGCGUGUUAUUCGCAUAAUAAAAAAAUUUUAAACCGAAUCGCAUGAAAUUUGAUGGGAUGAUUGGUUAUUAUCCGGGGACCAUUUGAUUAGAUUUUGGGAUCGAUCGGGUCAAAGGUCAAGGUCACGGUCAUGAAAAGGUCAAAAUCUUCUUUUUACCAUAGCGCGGUCAAUUUUUGUCCAAUUGGCAUGCAACUAAUGCCAACAUUUUCAUAAUUCAAUGCCCAAUCUUGUGAUAUGCGAAGGGAUGCGCUCUACCGAGUGCCCAUUCUAGUUUCCAAUGUGUUGCUUGAUGAGGCUUGUUAGCACACAUGUCUCCCGGGUCCUUCAGGUUUAUAAUCCUGUCAGCUAGACCACUAUAUCAUCCUGAAAAGCCACUCAUGAUGCAUCUCAGAGCCGAUAGCAUCAUUUCCAGAGCUGAAGCGACCCCGUGUUCCUCAUGCGCCCCGUCCCUCUGUGAUGGUGUGUUUCACGUAUCUGACAUCGGUGGUGAUUGGGCUUUCUGCCCCUGACUGUGUGAGGCGACAUGCAGGAGGCUUCUUCAUGCUCUGGUGAAGUCAUCCCUCCUCUUCUACACACUUCAAGCACUUUUUUGGAUUCUUCUCCACAGAGACACACACAGGAGCAUCCAGUAGCAGCAUACUGGUAAACGGCACUACGGACGGUCUGGUAUCAGAAUGGCAUGCUACGGCUGUAGGACAUGGUAUUUAAAAUGUUUGUUUAAAAAAAGAAGAAGAAGAAGGUUGUGCAAAUGAUUGAGGUGAAAUUAUGUUUUCUUAAUUUGUUUUGCACACUUCACCAUAUAUGUUUAAAGCUUGUCAUCUACUGUUGAACUUGAUUGUAUGAUGGACUGGAGCGUUCUUCGGAAGUAAGCAUGGUGCCGAGUAAAGAUGGGUCGUGUUGUCAUGUGUACAAAAUAUCAUCAACUUGCAUCACUGAUGUGCUGUUUCCUAAUAUCUUGCACUGCAGGCAGUGAGCAGAAAUUGUACAGUAUUACUGGGUAAUACAUAUAGUGAAUAUAGAAUUGAUUUGCAUUUAGUUACUGUGCAGCUACAAACUGUUGUUGAAAAUAUCUAAAUAUUGUGCUGACCUCCAGUUACAUCUAUCAUGUACUGCAGAAUACAUGCACAUUACAGGCAGUUUGAACCAAUAGUUCACUCAUAGUUAAAUAAGGUUACAGUGCAAGGUAAAGUAGAUUAGGUUAUAUAAAUUACUUGUUGGUUCAUCCAUAAAACACGUCAUUGUUACAAAAAAAAAGGUAUUAUGACAGCAUAUGUUAAAGGAAGGCUAGCUUAAUCCUGCAUAUGCAUGGUUAGACUUGCAAUUCAUGUCGAGACAGAUAUUAGAGCCCAACAAAGAACUUAAAACGAUUACGUGGUUUGAAUCAACUCAGUGACCAAGCCAGUUUCUGCUGGGACUAACUUUUGACCUAAUUACUACACUGCAUGAAAAGGUUCACCAAAUUCUCAUUUAAGGUGUAAAAUAUAGAAAUAGAGUAGUGGUGCUGGUGCUCUAAGCAGUAGCUUUGAAUUGUUCUCAAUUACAUUAACUUUUGCCUAUUGAUAAGUGAACAGAAUAACUGUAAUUUUGAAUAUCUAUUUUUUUUUUGGCACACACUGUCAGACAUAAGGCGGAAGAUUGAGAGCCGUCCUUAUUCUGAAUGUUUAUAUUUCUUAGGCCAUCUGUCUAAUAGCUAAUAUUGUUCAGUUUUCAGACAAAAUACAGUUUAUUCUCAUAGUUUAACAGCAGGAGGGUGUAUAUUCUGACUCUACCUUGGUGGUGUGAUUGAUAGGUUUCACAGACAUGCAUUUCUUUCCUCAGUGCGUUGCAUUUCUCAAUGAGUCCUCUGCUGAUGUUCUGCAUCAACAACACCUCAUGCCUUAAUGUACAGUGUAGAGUAUGGAAUCGAAUGAUUAGUAGUUUUGCUGUGGUCACUGGUCUGUUUGCUCUAUAUUUGGUUACCAUGGUGCUCUCUAGGCUGUGAGUGUAUCUGUAUAUGUGCAUAAUCUUUACGUAUUUGGGAUGUAAAGCAAUGUGUGAUUCAUGCGAUGCGCUUUAGUUUGAACACUGCAGAGGGUGUAUGCCCUUUUAACGCUGUCAACACGAAACUAAUGAAAGACUCAGACCACCAAAGCCACACUAGACUAACAUAAUGACAAAUCAUAGAUUUCUGACAUUUAUAAUGAAAUGAAUGCAGGGAUUUUAAAUCUGUUCCAUUAUUUUAAAGUGGCUUUAUGCUAAUGAUCUCCAAUUUUGGAGUCUGUAUAAUUACAACAUAUUGAGACAGGGUGGCAGUUGUAAGUUAGAUUGUAACUUAAACAUGUACAUAUAAAUGAUGGGAUGACUUGCAAUUCAAACUUAGCAUAGCAAUUGCUACACGCUAUUGCAUAGUUUAACAUAUAACAUGUUUUAUACUCUGCAUAUUGAAAUGUCUGACUUUGAAAUUACAAACGAGCACUGCUUUUUAGCAACAGGUUCUAUUCAAAUUACAUGAGAUGGUAUAGAAACGUCAUUAUUAGAUAUGUAGACAACAUCAGGUAAAAAAAAAUGAAAUUACAAAGAAGUUGUCACUGAAGCCCUUUUCCAUAUGUUUGGAUGCUAACUUCACGCUGCAGAGAAGCACAAACCAAAGGGAGCUUUAGCAGCACCAGGAAUAUAGAAUAUGCUGCACAAUCACUACUGCAUAGUUUAAGAGGCCUUGUUCAAAAAUGGAUGAUAAUUAAAUAAUUUAAAAAACAAAAGAAUUAAUGAAAAUAAAAGAAACUGAAUUGAAUGUUUUCUCAGUGUUCAAAACCUGGAUGACAUUUUCCUUGUCAUCAGGUAUUCUUGUUCUGAUGAGUAGUUUUUAUUGUUUAGAAGCUGUCAAUCAGACAUUCUGUAGCAUGUGUUCUUUAAAAUGUGUAAAUACUAUUUACUAAAUAAAAAAGAGCAACGCA